AUGGCUUCAAAGGAACAGAUGGCUUUUAAGCUCAACACCGGUGCCAAGAUCCCUGCCAUUGGGCUUGGAACGUGGCAAGAUGAAGCUGCUCAGGAGGCUGCAGUUCUUGUAGCUCUUCAGGCCGGUUAUCGGCACAUAGAUACCGCGAGAUGCUAUGGUACUGAGCCAGCGGUGGGAAAGGCUAUUAGGCAAAGCGGCGUACCACGAAGCGAGAUCUUCGUUACCAGCAAGCUAUGGAACAAUAAACACCAUCCUGAUGACGUUGGUCAAGCAUUGCAGCAAACAUUGGAUGACUUGGGUCUCGAAUAUCUCGACUUGUUUCUCAUGCACUGGCCUGUCGCCUUCAAGCGUGGAGACGAUAUGUUUCCUUCGGAUGCGGAUGGCAAUUUGAUAACUGCCGAAAUCGACUAUGUCGACACUUACAAGGCGAUGGAGGCCCUUCUCAAAACUGGCAAAACCAGGGCUAUUGGGAUCAGCAACUUUUCCAAGGAAGAAUUAGAGCGUAUUCUUGAGAAUGCAUCAACUGUUCCAGCAGUCCACCAGAUGGAACUGCAUCCAUGGUUGCAACAAAAGUACUGGGCGGAAUUCCACCGGGAGAAGGGUAUUCAUGUGACCCAAUACUCUCCAUUUGGUAACCAAAAUGAGAUUUAUGGAGGUCGUGAGGAUUAUGGUCAACUGGUGAAUGACCCAAAACUUGUGGAGAUUGGGAAGAAAUACGGCAAAACCUCGAAUCAGGUUGCUCUAGCCUGGGGCAUCUCCCAUGGUCGUUCUGUCAUUCCUAAGUCAAAAUCGCCGGAGCGAAUCACUCAGAACUUCGACAUUGCCUUUACGCUUCAGGAUGCGGAUAUCAAGGAAAUUGAUAAGCUUGAUAAGAAGCUUCGCUUCAAUGAUUCGAGCAAGGACUUUGGGUAUGAGCUCUUUACAGACCUCGAUGGCAAGCAAAAGUAA